AUGUCUAAGCCCCUGGAGGCCGAAAAGCAGAGUCUGGACUCCCCAUCAGAGCACACAGACACCGAAAGAAAUGGACCGGACGCUAACCAUCAGAACCCCCAGAAUAAGGCUUCCUCAUUCUCUGUGUCCCCAACUGGCCCUAGCACCAAGGUGGGCAUUCUCUCUGGCCUCCACUUAACAUUCUGGGGUCCCGGACCCUGCCUCUCUCCUCCCCAGAUCAAGGCUGAAGACCUCAGUGGUGACUCAGCCCAGGCAGCACCCCCGCCCCCCCAGCCGGCUCAGCCUCAUCUGCCCCAGGCCCAACUCAUGUUGACGGGCAGCCAGCUAGCUGGGCUCACAGCGCUAAUGCCUGCUCAGCAGCAGCUUCUCCUUCAGCAAGCCCAGGCCCAGCUGCUGGCUGCUGCCGUGCAGCAGUCCAGUGCCGCCGCCGCCAACGCCGCCGCCGCCGCCGCAGCCGCUGCCUCCUCCACCUCCUCUGCCUCCUCCUCUGUCUCCUCCUCUGCCUCGCAGCCCCCAGCCUCCUCUGGGGGAGGUGACCUGCCGCCAUCACAGCCUGCCAGCCAGCCCCCAGGGACCCCACAGCUCACCUUGUCCCAACCCAUCCAGCUCACAGCACAGGACAUACAGCAACUCCUCCAGCUCCAACAGCUGGUGCUUGUCCCCGGCCACCACCUCCAGCCACCUGCUCAGUUCCUGCUGCCACAGGCCCAGCAGAGUCAGCCAGGCCUGCUACCGACGCCAAAUCUAUUCCAGCUACCUCAGCAAACCCAGGGAGCUCUCCUGACCUCCCAGCCCCGGGCUGGGCUUCCUGCACAGCCCCCCAAAUGCUUGGAACCGCCAUCCCACCCGGAGGAACCUAGUGACCUGGAGGAACUGGAACAAUUCGCUCGCACCUUCAAGCAACGCCGCAUCAAGCUGGGCUUCACGCAGGGUGAUGUGGGCCUGGCCAUGGGCAAGCUCUAUGGCAACGACUUCAGCCAGACGACCAUUUCCCGCUUCGAGGCCCUUAACCUGAGCUUCAAGAAUAUGUGCAAACUCAAGCCCCUUCUGGAGAAGUGGCUCAACGACGCAGAAACUAUGUCUGUGGACUCAAGCCUACCCAGCCCCAACCAGCUGAGUAGCCCUAGCCUGGGUUUCGACGGGCUGCCGGGCCGGAGACGCAAGAAGAGAACCAGCAUCGAGACGAAUGUCCGCUUCGCCUUAGAGAAGAGUUUUCUAGCGAACCAGAAGCCUACCUCAGAGGAGAUCCUGCUGAUAGCAGAGCAGCUGCACAUGGAGAAGGAAGUGAUCCGCGUCUGGUUCUGCAACCGGCGCCAGAAGGAAAAACGCAUCAACCCCUGCAGCGCGGCCCCCAUGCUGCCCAGCCCGGGAAAGCCGACCAGCUACAGCCCUCACCUGGUCACACCCCAAGGGGGCGCAGGGACCUUACCAUUGUCCCAAGCUUCUAGCAGCCUGAGCACAACAGUUACUACCUUAUCCUCAGCUGUGGGAACGCUCCACCCCAGCCGGACAGCAGGAGGGGGUGGAGGUGGGGGCGGAGCCGCUCCCCCCCUCAAUUCCAUCCCCUCUGUCACUCCCCCACCCCCGGCCACCACCAACAGCACAAACCCGAGCCCUCAAGGCAGCCACUCGGCUAUCGGCUUGUCGGGCCUGAACCCCAGCACGGGAAGCACAAUGGUGGGGUUGAGCUCUGGGCUGAGUCCAGCCCUCAUGAGCAACAACCCUUUGGCCACCAUCCAAGCCCUGGCCUCUGGUGGAACCCUGCCCCUUACCAGCCUUGAUGGCAGCGGGAACCUGGUGCUGGGGGCAGCCGGUGCGGCCCCAGGGAGCCCCGGCCUAGUGACCUCGCCUCUCUUCCUGAACCACGCUGGGCUGCCCCUGCUCAGUGCCCCGCCAGGUGUGGGCCUGGUCUCAGCAGCGGCUGCAGCCGUGGCGGCCUCCAUCUCCAGCAAGUCUCCUGGCCUCUCCUCGUCUUCUUCGUCCUCAUCAUCCUCCACUUGCAGCGAAGUGGCAGCGGCAGCACAGACCCCUGGAGGCCCAGGGGGACCUGAGGCAGGGUCCAAGGCCGAGUGAGGGCCCACCACGCUUCCCUCCUGCUCCUCUGACUCCCCCAACCUUGGUCCCCUGCCCAAGAAGGGGCCAGGAGGC